CCUAACCAAAUCCCUACACUCCUCUUCAAACGAACAACCCUAACCAAACGACGCCAUCUCCCAUCACCGUCGGUUCCAUCGAUGGACCAGCGUACAAAAGCCAUCCUUGACGCCACCGCCAUCACGUCUCUUCAGUCCCCUCACCCUCUCUACGAGAUUAUAGAGCCAUUAAUGCUCUGAAAACUAGCUAGUUCAACUUCCAAAGAGGGAAAAUGUGAGAAUCUUGUCAAUACAAGGAUGAUUCGAUGGAUAACAGCCUCACCCCAUCUUCAGAGCUCGGUUUGCUGAGAAAACUUUCGGAUUUUUGGCCCCAACAGCUCUUUCCUUUCACUUCACCUCUGAAAAAGUUCUCGACUGAACAAAGACCACUUCAAGCGGAUUCCGAGACUCAACGACGAUAAUAGCCUCAGUUCGCUGUCACGGAGAAGACUACUUUGGUUUUGAGGCUCGGCGGAAGGGCAAGACAGAGGAGUGAGUUGUUGGUGUUUGCGGUUCGGCCGUCCAGAGUAUCAGGUUGGAUCUGCUUCCAUUACACGUGGCUGAUAGUCGCUUUAGCAUUUUCUUCGAGUUUCCAAGAUGGUGAGGACUCGAGAUAUUACGGCCCAAGGUCAGGUGCCAGAGCCAGCAGCUACGGUGGCACCCGAGGGUGAGCGACAGCAAGAGGGCGCGGCAGAGCGAGAGACCGCGGGGCUACCCUAGCCAGGGGCAGGGCUCCUACGGUAGGGCAGCAGCGGGAGAGGUCUCCGUCUCCCAAGCCCAAGUAUCAGCCGGAUCGAGGCAAAGCCGCAGAGGAUGCUGUGCCCCAGCAUAGACACAACCUGAGGUUACUUUUGAUCAGGUUAAGCAUGACACUAUGGCCAAGGUUCUACUUCAACUUGAUGCCCAGCAGGCGCAGCUAGUGUUACUACUCCCGGUGGGGGUUCACAGACCAGAGUAAGGGCGCAGACCACUGAGCAGGGAACUACGCGGGUAGCAUAUCCCGCCGUAGCUAUGGCUCAUCGCAUUGAUAUGAUACCCGCUCCUGGUGAUGAUAUUAGGCCCAUGGAGGGCGCUGUUAUGACUGCGUCCCAUCAGGACCUUGUUGGGAGAUUUAAGAAGUUAGAGCCACCGAGGUUUGCUGGCACUUCGUCUGAGGAUACUUAUGAGUUUAUUCUUGAUAUACAGGAGUUGCUGCACCGGAUGAGGAUCGUGGAGACCCACAGGGUUGAUUAUGUGUCCUACCAGUUUCACAGCGAUGCGAAGACGUGGUGGAGGUAUUUCAUGGCUUGCAGACAUGAGGGUUCCCCUUCUUUAAGCUGGACUUAGUAUUACCGGGCCUUACCUUGAGAAGUAUGUGCCCCGGUCUUUGCGAGAGGCACAUAGGGAGGAGUAUUUGCAUUUUGAGAGGAGGGGCAUGUCUUUGGAGUCCUAUGUGACCCACUUUCUAUAUUUGGCCCGCUAGUCUACUCCUUUUAUCCCUACUGAAGCCGAUAGGAUCAGGAAUUUUGUUGGGGGACUAAUUGGCUUUCUACAGAUUCCUUGUCUUCAGAUGUAGUCUAUGGGGGCUUCCUUGUCCAUUAUCGAGCAUGCUUCUAUGGUUGAGGGGGCUAAGGCCCGUGCUUUCGGUGGUAGUGACAAGAGACAGUGUUAGAUUGCAUUUUUGGGGUUCUGGUUCGAGGGGCGCCAGUCAGCGUUCGAGGCUGCAUCAGCCAUAUAUCGGUCGUUUUGUGCAUUCAGCGUUAUAGGCUUCCCCUAGUGAGCCACCAAAGCAGAGAGCUUCUGAGAGUUCGUUCUCCAAACUAGUGGACAGGGCUGCUUCAUUCGGGUGUUCAGCACCUGUGUAUCAGCAUUUGUCUCCUACUACCCGUUAUUCUUAUGGAGAGGUUGGGCAUGUUGCUAGGAGAUAUCCCUGACCUAGGUGGGAUUUUCAGCCGUCGAGGACUCCGACAUCAUCUGGUGGUCGAGAUGAGGCUUCUUAGAGGGAUGAUGCUCAGUCAGGCCGCGGUGCUUCUCAUGGAUCUAGAGGUUGUUCUCAGAGUGCCAAAGGAGGAUCUCAGGGGAGGCGUGGUAGAGCCCAUUGUUACUCAUUUACUGGUAGGCGUGAGGUAGAGGCCUCAGAUGCUGUGAUUUCAGUAUCGCUCAAUAUGCUUGAAGUACAAAAGAAAGAGAAAGAGGAUGGCAAUAAGAACAAGAAAUUUGAAGAACACAAUGAAGGCAAACCUGAAAAGGACCAAGAAGGGGAGUGCAAAAUGCAUACUGGACAAGCAAAGGAAAACGAAGUGAGUGAUCUGAAACUUCUGAUCAAAGAGGGGAAAGAGGCAAACUACCAUGUACUACAAGGAAUACCAGAGAGUACAAUUAGUUGUUCCAAUAUUAUUGACCUCAACAUUACGUCACUCGAUAAAAAUAAAGAGGAAAGUUGUAAGAGGGUGAUACAAAAUGAGAGAUCAGAAGAACAUAAUGGAUGCAAAGAGAAAAAUGAUCAAGAGGGUUGUUUCAAGGGGGAACCACUGGAAAAACAAGAAGAAAGAGAAGAAGACAUCACCGUGUCGUUCAAUAUGCUCGAAUUACAAAAGAAAGAGAAACAGGAUGGCAAUAAGAACAAGAAAUUUGAAGCACACAAUGAAGGUAAACCUAAAAAGGACCAAGAAGGGGAGCGCAAAAUGCAAACUGGACAAGAAAAUGAAAACGAAGGGAGAAAUCCGAAACUUCCGAUCAAAGUGGGGAAAGAUGUAGAUUACCAUGUACUACAAGGAAUACUGGAGUGUACAAUUAAUAGUUCCAAUAUUACUAACCGCAACAUUACGUCACUCGACAAAAAUAAAGAGGAAUGUUUUAAGAGGGUGAUACAUAAUGAGAGGUCCGAAGAACGGUAUGGAAGCAAAAAUAAAAAGGAGCAAGAAGGCUCUUUCGAGGAGGAAUCACUUGAAAAACAACAAGAAAAAGAAGGAGACAUCAAUGGUGUAUCCAUAGUGGCUCGAAACUUGCUAUCUACUACCGCUUGAAGCAAGGGAUACCAAGGAGCAAAAAUUUCCAUUCCAUUGAUAACAUAAACAAGUGUACGAAUAGGAUCUCAUCACCUGAAAAAGAACAUAAUUGGAGUCACCCAAGUACUUUAGACAACCAUAAAUUUGAAGUACACAAUGAAGGUGAGUUUGAGAGACUUGGCGAAGAUAGCCAGGCGGAUAAUCUUAGCCAUACUUUAAUGGACGAUGGCAUUGAUAACAUAUCGAAUCUUUCGAUGAAAGAUAAAAAAGAUGAAGACUGCCAUGUGAAUAAGGGAACAUCAAAGAAUACGAUGUUGAAUUCCCUUAUUGAGGUAAUUAAUUAAUUAAUUGUUACUAAUGUCUAUUUACUUAAAUGAAAAUAUUUUUAUUUUGUUUUCAACUUUGAACCUAUUAAUUUUGAAGGAAAGAUUUUACUUUCCUCAGCAAGAAUUUUUCGUUGAGUUUGAUAAUAGUGUUCCACAAUAAAUUUUUCUAUCUCCAAUCAUUUAUAAGAAAAAAAAAGUGAAUUUAUAGGUGAUACAUAAUGAGAUAUCUGAAGAACACAAAGGAAGUAAAACAAGAAAGGAUCAGGAGGACUCUAUCGAAGAGGAACUGCCUGAGCAAAAAGACAUCAUUGGUACUUAAAGAUCUUACAUCUUAAAAUUGGCUCUUAUGUUAAUUUUUUGAAUUUUUUUGGAUGGAAAAGUAGAGGUGGGUUCUAAAUUUUAAAUCAGUCCAUUCUCAUUUCCCAUCUGUGCCAUGAAAAAGAACGAGAGUUUUUCUAGGAUCGAAACUCUGCACCUAAAUGGCAUAGGGCGAAGUUGUAGUCUAAAGUGAAUAAAGGCAUUAGAUUGCAUCUCAACUAAAUUUUUUAGUUAUUAAUUUGUUCUAUGUGUAUCAUAUCCUCUCAUUUAAUUAUGCGUAAUUUUAAGGUGAGCAAGAGCUCAACAGAGUCACAGGUGAAAAUAGUCUUUUGGAUAAUUCUAAUCGUGUUUUAAACAAUGAUGACACCAAUUAUGGCUCAAAACUUUUGGUAAGAGACGAAAAUGACGGAAACUAUCGUAUCACGCAUGGAAUACCCAGAAGUAUAAAAUUUCGUUCCAUGAUUAACCUCUAUAAGGUAAUUCACAUAUCCUUACAUCUAUUUUCUUACGUUAACACUAAGCAUUGUUCAACAACCUUUUGUUCCUUCUUCUUUUGAUGUCUAGAUAUUUGAAGAAAAAAAAAAAUGAAAUAGUAAAACUUGUGAUUAU